AUGGUGUUGGAAUUAAAGAAAUUAGUGAAAGGAUAUGAAAUUCAACCUUACGUAAAGAAUCAGCAGAAAAAUAGUAGCAGAAAUAACAAAAGUGACAUAGGAUUUGAAAUGAUGGUGGAA